UUUAAGGAAAUAAACUGUAGUUUUACUUUGUAGAAUGAAUGGCGUUCUUGAGAUCCCACUCACUUCUCAUACUGGUGAAGAAGAGUUUUUAGAAGUUGAAAAAGAUAAUCUGCCAGAAGCAGCAGAACUAAUUUAUGUAUUAAAAGCAGAGAAAUCUCCUCUUAGCGUUUGGCUACACGUUGCUAAAACCUAUCUAGAACAAGGUCAAUCUCUGGGACUAUGCCAAAUUCUUAGUGCCGCAACUGAACCAGAGAAUGCGAAACUUUAUUCAGGUUCGACAGCGGAUAAGAUCUCUUGCCUUACCACAUUGAGCGCUUACUAUUUGCAACUUGCUGAAAACGAAAAAGAUAGGACUCAGAGAGAAUCUUACAUUGAACAAGCUAUUAAUUAUAAUAAUCGAACUGGUCAACUUGAUAUGAAUAAUUUACAAUGUUGGCUUGGUCGAAUUGUUGUCGGUCUUAUAAAAGGUGAAUUUGAGGCCGCAAAAAAAUCCAUAGAGUUUGUUUUAAAAGAGCAUCCUGCUUGCGUGCCUGCUAAAUUAGGUCUUGCUUGUAUAUAUUAUAACUCCGGUGAAUAUUAUAAAGCGUUGGAAAUUUAUCGAGAGUGUUUAAAAUUAAAUCCGGGUGGCCCCGCUGAGCUUCGGUUGGGUAUUGGCCAGUGUCUACUGAAGUUAGGCAGAGUAGAUCUCGCGAGAAAAGCCCUUCAGCGCACGUUGAAUUUAAAACCGGACUGUGCAGGUGCCCUCGUAGCUCUCGGAACUUUAGAAAUUAACAGUAACGAGAAAGAUGGCCUUCUAAAAGGUUUAAGGCAUAUAAAAAAAGCUUAUGAGUUGGAGCCGAAGAAUUCGCUUGUGCUGAACAUUUUGGCGGAUCAUUUUUUUUUCAAAAAGGAAUACAGCAAAUCGUACAGUUUUGCCCUUGCCGCCGUGGAAAAUUCCGAAGCUCUGCCGGUCAAAGCGCUCAGUCACUAUUACUUGGGGCGUCUUUUCCAGCUUCACGGCGAUUUCACUUCGGCCUUCCAGCACUUUUACCGCUCCUGCUCGCUGGACAGUCAUCUUCUUCCUGCCCAGUAUGGCUUGGGGCAGAUGUACCUUUAUCGUAACGACCACGACAACGCUCGACAUUAUUUAGAGAAGGUGUUGGACGUCUGCAAGGACAAUUACGAGUGCACUAAACUUCUUGCGCAUUUAUAUUUUACGAAAAGCCCUGGAAAAGCUUACAAACUUAUUAAAAAAGUCACUGAAGCCUUUGAAAACGACGCGGAAGCGUGGGUGGACCGGGCCGUUCUGGCCGAGCAUGUCGAUAUUGAGGACGCCCUUCUUUCCUACGCAACGGCCUUAAAAAUAUACGAGAUACAAGGGAUCCAGCCAAUUCCUGAACUUUUAAACAAUAUGAGUGUUCUGCACUUCCACCGCGGAAACUUUGAAAAGUCGGUUGAGUGUCUUCUAUUGGGUUUACGUGCUAUUGAAGAGGACCAAUCAGAUGGAAAAACAUAUUUCGAGUUGAUAUCGGUGACCAUGACUUUCAACCUGGCACGUACUUACGAGGCUGCAGGGAAGUACGAGGAGGCGGAGGAUCUUUACAAGAAGAUUCUGAAAGAGCACCCCAACUAUGUGGACUGCUACUUGCGGCUCGGCAUCAUGGCGAGGGAUAAGGGGAAGCUCUUUGGCGCUUUUGAGUGGUUCAAAGACUCCUACGCCAUUAAUAGCGAGAAUCUUCUAACGCGCUCGUUGAUGGGCAGCCUGCACCUCGCGCGCUCAGAAUGGAAGGCCGCUCUGGAAACCUUCCAAGGCAUUCAAGCCUUGAAGCCAACGGACCAGUACUCUUGGGUUGCCAUCGGCAACAUAUGCUUGUCGUAUGCGCUGAUGUCGAAGAGUGAGAAGCAACAGAGAUAUUUUAAAAGCGCCUUGGAAAGCUUUCAGAGGGCUUUGAAGGCGGACCAGAGGAACUACUUUGCGGCAAACGGCGUAGGAGCCAUUCUGGCUGAACAGGGCGCUUUGGAUGAAGCGGGAGACGUUUUUUUACAGGUCCGGGAAGCCACUACCGACUUUCCCGACGUGUGGAUCAACCUUGCUAAUGUCUAUGUGGUUGCUAAUGUCUAUGUGGCUCAGAAAAAGUACGUGCAGGCCGUCAAAUUGUAUGAAAAUUGUAUGAAGAAGUUUUCCUUUUCCCAUAACGUUGAUCUUUUGACAUUGCUCUCUCGCGCUCAUUACAAGCACGGUAACUUUAAAGAGUCCCGACACGUGCUGACGAAGGCUUUACAUCUUUCGCCCCAGAAUUUAGAUCUGCAGUUCAACCUCGCGCUGGCGCACCAGCAGUGGUGCUUGUCACUACUUCGCUCUGGCGCAGUUGAGCCCGCCGAUAUUGUGACGGCCAAGAGAGAAAUAAAGCACUCUAUUCGGAUCUUCACAGUUCUCGCGUCCACAAAGCAGCAGUCUAAGUACUUGCACACUCCCAAGAGAGCGGCCGAGGAGUUCCGCUUGUCUCGAGACUUGUACAAAAAGGCGAAUCUUUCGUAUGUGAAAGCAAAGAAACGUGAGCACGCAGCAAGGGAGCUGCAGAGGGCCAUUGAGAAAAAAAAAGAGCAGCAAAAGGCCCAGCAGGAAGAAGAAGAGAAACGCCGUAAAGAGCUUCAAGAGAAAAACGAACUUUUUCUUAUAGAAGCGAGAAAUAAGAUUCUAGAAGAACAACAGCGCGUUCUUCAGGAGCAAUCACAAAAAAUGGCCGAGCAGUUGGUGAAGCGAAUCAAAUCUAAGAAAACAGUCGAUAGCGAUGAGGAUAUAGUCGACGUUGCCGACACCGAAAAAGUUGAGCGGACACCUCGUAAGAGAAAGCUUAGGCGGCGAGCUGACGCUGAAGAGACUGAAGAGCAACGAAGAACUCGGAAGUCACCUCCCGGUAAACGGCAGCGGCGUGAGCACAGACCUAAACUGGAGAAGUACAAGUCCAAGGACGAGGUCACAAACUCGGACGCCGAGCUCGAAUCGGAUAAUGAAGCUCUUCGCGAAGACAAGACAGAGGACGAGGGUUAGGAUUGGACCUUUUCACUCUGCCACAUUUUGCGUACAAAGUGGUUGUUAUUGUUACAACUCAGU